AUGGUGCGAAUGACAAGUGAAUUGGAGACUGAUCUCGUUGCUGUUGAAAGAGUGAAAGAAUAUUCAGAAACAGCUACUGAAGUGAGAUUCUUUUAACUUAAAAAAAUUUUUGUUUUUAAAUGUUUAUACAUUAGGUGCUUACAAUUAAACGUGACAUACCAGUUUUGUUAUAGAAAGCGUUAAAUAAACUGACAAGUAGGUCUCAUUUGAUUAGUAGCACUGAAAGAUUUUAUCUAUUGGCAUAAAAACGUAGGAAAACGAAUGGUGCUGAAAAUGAUUAUGUUUUACAACGUACUAAACAUUGCCUCAUAAAAGUGUCUCUUACAUUUUGUCCCUUUCCCUUACAUUUUGUCCCUUAAUAAUGAAUAAAUGGUCGUAUUUAUGGAUUGUAGCGGUAAAUAUUCUUUCAGUGAACUUUUCUUACAUAACCUUCGUCGCAGCAUACUUACCUUCAAUAAUUUACGUCACAGAUUUUAAAGAAAGUGCUCUUUAAAAGGUUUCUUUUUUAUUACAAGAAAUAAGGAGAAGUUAUGCAACUAAUGCCAGGCAUUUAAAAACAAAUAAGCGGUUGACUUAGAUUUCACUUCAGACCCCAUUUCAUCCACCAAAAGGUUAAGCAAGUUAAAUGUAAACAGCCGACUCACAUAUUUGUCCUCCUUCGUAUAGUCUCUGUCACAUAGUCUUUGUCUGAUUUGCUUUGUAACAGGCCGAAUGGAUUAAACCAGACAAUCGACCCCCAGAUGACUGGCCUAAUACCGGUGGUGUUGUCAUAGAAGAAUUUGACUUGAGAUACAGAGAAGGAUUGCCUCUUGUACUUAAACAGAUCAACUGUGAUGUUAAACCGGGAGAAAAGGUAUUCAGUAUUAUGGUGUGUUAACUAUUGAUUAAACAGGAAGAUUCAGCUCAACACACUUGUUGGGGGACGUUCAAACUUCGUACCUUGGUUGAAGAUUUCAUAAACAACACAACCCAAAAGGAAAUUGCUAGUUAUUACGUGGUGCAAAGAAAGACUGUUUCAAGGUAAGAGUUAACAUUGCCUUUCAAUCUUGCCGUUCCAACAGAUUGGUAUUGUGGGCCGCACAGGAGCUGGCAAAUCGUCCCUGACUUUAGCUUUGUUUCGCAUUCUGGAGAGAGCUGGGGGGAGGAUUUUAAUUGAUGGAAUUGAUAUCGCUACGAUUGGACUGCAGGAUCUACGCUCUAGACUCACUAUCAUUCCACAGGUGAUAACAUUUAUUCUGAACCAAGCUAAAGAAACAGCCAAUAUCUUUCCACCUGGUAGUGACAGUAGAUUAUAGUAUGCACGAGGGGGACGGGUAAACUGCAUAAGCCUGUGUUCUUGAGAAAACUGCAAAGAAAAGCUCUUUCGCAUACCAUUGGACUCCACAUAAGUUUAAUACGCCUGGUCAAAGUAGGCACGUUAGGUGUGCACACGUUUGUGAUUUAUGCUGCGUUCGAUUGACCUUAUUCUUGAAUCGGAAUACAAAGAAUAAUCCAGAUUAUCCGUUCGGUUGACCUGCUUUUCCAGUUCUGGAAUAAUUUUUUCAAGUAUUCUGCUUCAGGGAGUAGAAUGCUUGGAAUAAAACGGAAUAUCGGGAUCAUUUUUCUUGUGUCGUGGAGACGGAGUUUGCUUUCUAGUCUCGUUAUCAGAUUCCAGAGGCAUUGAAUUAAAGCGUUAAGCUUAAAGUACCUGACAUAAUUAAGUAAGUCUGCCAUAGUUCCUAAGCGUAGCAUUAAACACUCGCUUUUGAGACUCUCUGGCCUUCGACUUCACUUUUAGCUUCCAGUGCUGUGUUGUAGCAACGGAAAUGACGACACUAUCGUAAGGAAAAAACUGUUUCACUUUGUUUGUCAAAGCAACUUUGCAUUUUGAUUCAUUAAGAGAUUUCUCUCUCAUCAGGACCCAGUGUUGUUUUCUGGAAGUGUCCGUUCAAACCUUGACCCGUUUAAUAAACACAGCGACGAGGAACUGUGGAAAGCACUAGAAGUUAGUCAUUUAAAGAGUUUCGUUUCCGGACUGAGUGACGGACUACAACAUAAGAUAACAGAAGGAGGAGAAAAUUUAAGGUGAUAUGUUACAUUAUAUUUCAGUGAGCCUUUACAUUCUAUUGUACAAUCCUUUCGACUAGAGAUUUAAAUUUGCUGUAGAAUGAAGCCCUAUUGGCCUUUAAUUUGUAGAGCUAGUUUCACAUUAUAUGCAAAUGAAUGGCUGGAGCUUCACGUAACCUAUGGUUUAUCAGUUUGUCAGGCGUAUAUUUAACUCACCUUAGGGGCUGUUUCCACUAGGUUCCCGGACACCGGUGCCUGGCUGCGGGCACAAAAUGGUGUUGUAAUCACACCCUAGGUACCAUAUAUAUAUAAUUGUGCAUAUAGUUGCUCCAUUUUUCCUGUCAGACGCCAUUUUGAAACGUGACCGUAACAGGCAGUUAUGGGUACGCAAAGCAGUGGAUUGCUUCGGAAUUAAGAGACAAUGUGUGCACACAUUGACCCGGUGCCUACUUUAGUGUCCGAGAACAAGGUCUUAACCUUGUACUUUGGCACCGGCACCUUCUGUGAACUCCGGCGUGGCAACUUAACAAAAACGGUGUGUUCGCAUUAAUGCCCGGCGAGUACCGUACUCCAGUAGCGUGCACGAGUAACAAUGGUGAACACUACCUUAGGAGCAAAAUGUGUAUCUGAUUAAUAAUAUUUUGUAACUUUUCCUCGGCUGUCACUGUAAUGACGCAAACACAAUGUGCUUUUUCCCCCCAGUGUCGGUCAGCGACAGUUAGUAUGUUUAGCUCGCGCGUUACUCCGCAAAAGUAAACUCCUUGUUCUUGAUGAGGCCACAGCUGCAGUGGAUCUGGAAACAGACGAACUCAUUCAACAGACAAUUCGGCGCGAGUUUGCUGACCGCUCGGUGUUCACUAUUGCUCACAGGCUCAAUACUAUCAUGGAUUAUGACAGGUGAAUGGGGGGUGGAGUAAGGGAAUCAUUUAUGUGAGGAAAUAAGAAGAGGGCUUGCGCGAGUCAGAAAAUGCGGCUAAAAUACAAAGCACCACACGCUCUUUCUUUACGGUUCCAUAUCUUUACUCUUUCAUAUCACCUUCCUGUUGUUUUUUUAUUGUUUUCGAAAGAAGGCCGCUCGUACUUAAUUGACAUUUACAAGUUAAGACUCAUAGUCAGUCACUUCGAAGGCGUCAAAACACACCUUAUGUCGAACAGACUAGAUAUGAGGGAGCUUAAGCAACGACAACGGGGACGGCAACGAAAACGACAAAAAAGGGAAUGGGUUAGAUUUGCAAUACAACAACUCUGCACGUGCAUCACACUUUUUUAUACAUUUCUUUGCCGUCGUUGCACGUAUACGACAUGAAAGUUCUUAAUUUCACGUUCUGUUGAGGACGUCAAUUCAAGGCAACGAAUUUCCAUUUCUUCGUCUGAAUUUGCAUUCGGCGCUUUAGAAUUAAACUCCAGAAAAACUCACCAAAAUUUGACAAAUUGAACGUGAUGGAAUAAGCGCGUGUAAGUUUGAACUUCUUAAGUGACGUUUUCGCAGCCGCCGCCGUCGUCGUUGCUUAAGCUCGCUAUUACUGGGAUUUGGCAUACCUUAGUUUCCUUCAUACCUUUUUGAUUUUUUAAAGGAAAUUUUCUUUCAAUCCAAGGGGAAAUACCUCACCUAUUACCCUUGCAUUGUUUUACCAUCCUAGUCUGUAUGUGAAUAGGAGAUUAAAAAAGAUUUGUGUAUUUGUGUCUCUCUAGGGUCUUGGUUCUCGAUAAUGGCGCCGUCGUCGAGUUCGAUUCCCCUUCAAAUUUGUUGAGUUUAAAUGGCGUCUUCAAGAAAAUGGCUCAAGAUGCAAAUUUGGCAUAA